AUGCAGGCCGGAGCUACUCAUGACCUUGUUCAGAAGAAGCUUGUGUACUUGUACAUCUGUAGUUAUGCUACAUCCAAUCCUGACCUGGCCCUUUUAACAGUGAACACCAUGAGGAAAGACUGUCAAGACAGGAGUGCCAUAGUCAGAGGUCUUGCCCUUAGAAGUAUGUGCUCUUUAAGGUGAGUUUUGCUGGUACAGUCAAACCCUGUUAAUAAGGACCGACACUGAAGGAAGGGGCCAUAGAAAGUGUCCGCUGUAUUAACAGGGUGUCCAUCUUGUUGUUAAAGUCAAAAAACACUUUUUAUCAGAACCAAAUACGUAAGAAAUAACAGAUAGACUAAAUCCAUGAAAAAAACUCUAAAAUCACUCAUCUUUAUAUUACUUAAUCAAAAAAACUUUUCAGAAUCGAGUCUCGAGAAUCAAUUCUUGUGUUUCGAGAGUCGAGUGCAGAAAUAUAAUGAGCUUGACUGAUUGACUGACUUGACCAACAAAUUUAUCAAACAGACCACUUUCUGUUUUAAGAAUCGUGAAGUACGUGCUGCACUGACACUGUUUACCGAAAACGUUAGGAACGAAUGAUUAAUGAAGGUACCAUUUUGUUUUAAACACGAGAACUUUGUAUAGGGUGUGUUUCCUACUUACCAAUGGUACCAAUGGGAAGUUCAUGCAACUACUCCACUUACACGGACCUUGAUUUCACAUACUGUUGAAGUGUAAGCUUGAGAAGCUGAAGUUUACUAGACACAACAAAGUGCAGGUCAAUAAUUGCUUCGACAAACUAGAUGCAAGCAAAAUUAAAAGCAUGGAGACUUAAUAGAGGUGGCAUAGAGUUGAACACACACAUUACUUGGAGCUGUCUUUCAUGCUUGUUAAUUUAAGCUGUUUUUCCUUUGUUUUUCUUGAUACAGGCUUCCUGAUCUGGUAGAAUAUAUUGUAGAACCACUCCUUACUGGCCUGAGUGACAAUAGUUCUUAUGUUCGCCGAGCUGCUGUCUUGGGAUGCAUUAAAUUGUUCCAUUUACUUCCUGAUUUUGUUGAAGGUAGUAGACGCGAAAAUGUCAAAAUGUGUUUAAGUUGUGACUUAGAACAAAUUAUGGCAAAUUCAGUUUUGCACAUAUAAAUGUGAGGCUGAUUUUUGGAACAAAAUAACUGUCAUGGUAAACAAUGAUCAAGAAUGCGGCAUUCUCUUUAAAUUUCUUGAAAAGGAGUAAAAGAAUAUCUGCUAACAUCCAAAGCCUCAGAGUGACUUCCUUGUAAGUUAUCUCUGAAGAAGCAAAUGAGAUAAUUUAGAUGCUCUUUUUUUAAUUAACAGAUAAUGGAAUAAUUGAGAAACUUGUUAGAUUGAUUCAGGACCCAGAUCCCCAGGUUUGUGUAAUAUUUGUUGAUUUUGUAGGAUGAUGCCUGAAAGAAGCACUCAGCAUCAGGGCCCGGUUUCUGAAAGGCUGAUUAGUGUUAAUCCAGGAUUAAAAUUUUGCUGCGUUUUUGAAUUUGACAUUCCCAAGCAUUGGUUAGGUUAACAUUUUGAGUUAUCAUUGCUGUAUCUCUUGGUAAAGGCUCAACAGUAUUUUGUAACCUUGAGGUGCAUGUUCUUAGACAAGAAAACUGUGCUUCAGAUUUGGCUUAAUCCUGGGUUAAACUUAACCAUCUUUCAAGUAAGGGGAGAGAUUGAUGAGCAAAGUUUUGCUGGUGUUCUUCUGUUUUCUGUAGGUGGUAUGUAACUCUCUUUUAGCACUGGAUGAAAUCCUAGCAGCCGAAGGAGGUGUGCAACUUCAAAAAAUAGCAGCUCAUCAUUUGCUGAAGAGGUAAGCAUUUCCCACUUGUGAAAUUACCGUAACUGUAUUUUUAAAGGUCAAGUUAGAAUUUUCAUAUAACUUUUAGUCUAAAGUAGAAUUUGCUUCAUAAGUAUUUGACUGAAAGAAGUAAUUUGAUUUGCCAUUAUAUAUAAUUUAUAUUUUCCAACAGGUUUAAAGCCUUUAGUGGCUGGGGACAAAGUAUGAUAUUGGAGCUAUUGUUGCACUAUAAGCCAAAGGAUGCAGAGGAAUUAUUUGACCUCCUGGUGAAUGAUUAUUAAAUAAAGUUACUGUGUUAACUCAGUAUUAAUUAUUAUAAUGAUAAAAUGGUUAAGGAUAAGGUUAGUGUGAUCCAGUCCAAUCCAGAUUUUACCAACAUGCUCAGAUUAUUGGCUAUCAUGAGUAGUGGUGUAACGAUUAAUCGAAUUCUCGAUUAAUCGCAAUUAUGACCGUUCGGUUCGAUUCACAAUUGUUUGCUUUCACAUUUCGAUUUUGGUUCAAAUUUUGCACACCUUUUCCAUGGUGCCCUCAGUGAGUUAUUAUAUUGUAAAAUCAGAAUCCAGAACUCUUUAAAAUGUACAUAUUUGGUUGACAAGCAAAGACGAUAGCAGUUCGUUUGCCAUUUUGUGUUGCCUGGUAAAAAUGCUGUUCUUCAACCACCCCUUGAGAAUUUCCAAAUAAGGCAAACCAGGUGCAACACGCUCUUUUUCAGGUUCUCAAACAUGGAGACGAACCAAGCGACUGUGAAUCCUCCUGUCCCUGUUACCAUUCUCAAAUUGAGGGUUUAGGGUUGCAUGUUGUUUACAUUACGCAUUAUGAUGUAAGAAUUAAGAAACAUUACAUAAUCAAAUCGAAAUAAUCGAAAUCAAAUCUAAUUGCAAGGAAUAUGAAUCAUUACACCCCUAGUCUGCCAUGAGUCAUUAUGGAAUAAAGCUGAAUAAUAAGUACAUGCCAAAAAAGAAUAUAAAAGUACAUAAUAAUGGUGAACUUGAAGUGCUACACUGUAGGUCAAUUUCUGUUAAAGUUUGAAAGAGUCGCCUGGGUUACAACUCAUCCAUUUGCACUCUAUGGCCACUUUCCAUUCAGCACAAAAUUCCAGAAAUUUCUAUUAGAAAUCAAAUGGAGCAGACCAUUUCAGUUUGGUCCAACCAGAAUAUUUGGGAAGGUGGUCCACUUUGACCGGUCUUGUCCAUUUGACAAAAGUAUUGUCCCCAGUACUGCUCUUUAGUAUCCUGCUUACAAGAACAAUAACCAAACACGCGAUGGCUUGGGUGAGCUUGGUCAGGUCGGUCUGUGCAACUGGAAUUUACAGUUCCAAUGGGCACAUGGAAUUUCUGAAAUUUCAAACCAGAAUUUUUGUUGCGUGGAAAGCGCGCUAUGUUUUCAUACAUUUGUCUUCAAGACCAUUCACAACAUGUCAUGUAUCAUUAACCAAGAAACAUGCUUGCAAGGAAGGAAAGUCUUUGGCUUAACCCUUUAAGUAUGCAUAUAUUUGCAGCUAUUAACGUGACAGAGAUUAUUUUGUAUCAUAAUUGUUUCAAGUUUUCAUCAAGUAUUAUUAAUUUUUAAACAUUUUUAGUGAUUUGAUUUGCAUAAUUAUUGAUAGAAUUUGCUUGAUGAUCGACUAAAGCACCCCAACAGUGCUGUUGUGAUGGCUUGUAUACAGCUCUUCAUCAACUUCACAAAAGACAUUGACAACCUAGCUGAAGAUGUUUAUAAAAGAAUCAAAGGUUUGUGUGGGUUUAAGGAUGGGUUGGCCUUUUACUUCAAGUCUUGUUGUCCACACCACCUUAAAAAAAAAACAAAAAAAAACAGAAAAACACUUAUACUAAACAGAUACUGUAAUGGCAUGACGAGGCUUUUAGCAUAGCUGCCAUGGGAAAUGAUAUUGAAGUAAAAAUAUUACCAGAAGAUAGAGACAUUGAAAACCUCUGCUCCAUGCUGAGUUUUUUAAACAGACACUUCGUUUUUUAAUCUGUUUUGAUUUUAAAAAAAUUGAUUCCGUAACAUUAUAUAUUACUGAUGAUCCUAUCAUAUCAAACAGACAUAAAGAGUUAAGAGUUUCUUAAUGAAAGAUGUUUGUUGAAUUCUUGAAUUUUCGUGAGAGACAACAAAGAAAGAGAAGAGAUUGUAAUACAAGGGUAUUUAAGUGUAUAGCAUGAACAGAUGACAGUUUUGAAUGUGUUUUGUACCUUUACAGGUCCCCUGAUGACUAUUCUCUCUUCAAGUAACUCAGAGUUGGUUUAUGUGUGUUUGUGCCACAUAGAUGUACUGUUGAGUAAAGUUCCUAAGUUGUUUGAGCAAGAGUACCGUUCCUUUUUCGCCAGGUAUGGAGGGGGCUCAGGGAAUGGCUGGGUGAUAUACACUGCACUAAAUAUUGUUACUUCCUCCAUUGUGUUUCACCCUAUACUGUGUUUCUUUGUUCUUUAUACUGUGUUUUUUUUGUUCUUUCUUUUUUAGGCAUGCUGAUCCUCAGUAUAUUAAAACAAAAAAGCUUGAAAUCCUGACAACCAUUGCAUCCGUUUCUAAUGUUGAGGAAGUUGUUACUGAGUUGAGGUAGGUAUACAAAUAAAUAUUUUAUUAACUGAGUUAGGAUGUGAGAAUUCUUAAGGGGUAAAUAUAUUUUUGUUUUCAACCAACUGUUUAACGAUAGUGAUUUUUCAUGUUUUUCUUGAAUUUUACAGUGCCAAUGUUCACGAUGUGGAUCUUAGUAUGUCUAAGGAGUCAAUCAAGGCCAUUGGUAACAUUGCUUUGUGCCUUCCUCAGGCAUCAGAAUACUGUAUUGAUGUUCUUCUCUCUUUUCUCUCCUGGGAGGUUGAAUACAUUACUUCACAGACUCUUGUCAUUAUAAGAGGUAAGUGGUCAAGUUAGAAAUUUGAAUGGGAAUGAUUGUGAUUUGUCCAAUUGGAAUUCUAUCAGUUUUGACCGUUUUAUUGUUAUUGCGAAGGAAUCAUGCACCAUGAUCAGUUCUCACCAAAGUUAUCCUCCCCAUCUUUAUCAUUAUCAUGAUUUAUCAUCUUAGUGAUCAUGAUCAUUGUUAAGAAUAUCAGUAUCAUAUCCUUCUCAUUAUUAUCAGUUGCAACAUUAUUAUCAUUAUCCUCAUCUGUCUCCUCUUCAUCAUCAUCAUUAUCAUCACCAUCGUCACCAUAAUCUUCAUUUUUGUCAUUUUCCUCAUCAUCUGUAUUAUCCCUAUUUUGCUUUAAUUCAUAACCAUAAUCGUCAUGUUCUUGCCAUCACCAACUCCCCUCAUCGUUAUCAUAACCAUCAUUAUCCCAUCAUCAUCAUCACCAUCAUUACUACAUUGAUCAUCCUGAUCAGUCUUGUCACCAUGACGUGAUCGCUCAUUCAUCCCCCCGGGGGUACUCCCUUAUAUAAGCCAUAUAGAUAUGGUAUUUGCACCAUUUUGGUCUGAAAACUAAAGGAGUGUUUGACCGUAUUUGUUUCAAUUCCAGAUGAAUAAGUAAGAAAGAGACAUAUGGAAAUUUGAAAUGGAUUUAAUUCAGACAUUUUUUUGUUAGCAUCAGUAAUGCAAAUGAUGACAUAAUUUUUGAGAGGAUUUUAGAGGCCAAGUCUAAAAACAGCUUUGAAAAAUGACAUUUUUUGGUCUGAAAGAGGGUCAGGAUUUAAAGAACCAGACGGCACACCCUGAUCAAGAAUUCUAAGGAGUACCCCCGGGACUCAUCCUUUUGAUCAUCACCAUCACUCUUGACAACUGUAGCUUCAUAUUAUUAUUACCAUUGUCAAUAUCCAAUUAUUAUUACCCGUAAUGCUGUACUAGUUACUGUCAUAAUAAUAGUGAUAUGAAAGAAAUGUUAUCCUUUUUUUCCAAAUAAUGCCUUUGACAAUACCUGGAUCAGACUUAAGCCAGUUUUAGACUCUAUCCCUGACCUUUCAUCAAUAUUUUAGCUACUUAAAGGAGUUGAUCUGAUCCAUUUUUAGUUGACCUCUCUUUUCGUGACCACUUUUUUCCCUGCCGUCAGUACUACUUUUACAUUUGCUUUUUGCAUGUUAUUAAUAUGGUGAUGUUUGCGUUUAUCAUAGACCUUUUGCUGAAAUAUGAGAAGUCAGCUAUUGCUGUUCUGCCUCAAGUGGGGCAGUGCCUUGAAAUAGUUCAAGACCCAAAGGGAUUGGCAGCAAUUAUCUGGAUAAUUGGAGAGCAUGGACAGGUGAGAGCUAUGUAGGGGAGCAAGGGUGGUGCAGUGGUGAGAGCGCUCGCCUCCCACCAAUGUGGCCCGGGUUCAAAUCCCGGUGUCGACGCCUUAUGUGGGUUGAGUUUGUUGUUGGUUCUCCCCCUUGCUCCAAGAGAUUUUUCUCCGGGUACUCUGGUUUUCCCCUCUCCUCAAAAACCAACAUUUCCAAAUUCCAAUUCGACCAGGAAUUAGGUAGACGAAGAACCACUAUGUGGAUGUGCUACCUGCAAAUCGUUAUUUAUUUAUUUAUUUAUUUAUUUAUUUAUUUAUAUGUACAGACUCAAUCAAACUUUGUUAUUAUGGAUGUUAAAGAGGACAAUUAACAAAUAAAGAAUUUUAUUUUUUAUCAUUCACUGUAGAACUUUAUGUGUUGCAUAUAGACAGGGAUUGCAUUGAGAUUAUUUCUUCAGUUCACUUUUAAAAUUAUUUCUGGGAUCUACUGGGAUAAGAGAAUUGAAUAGCGCUUUACAGCAAGAGCUUAUGUCGAUGUACCCAACAAAAUUGUUAGGGGUAAUUUUUUUAAGAACCCAUGAAAGAGGUCUUAACAUUGACGUGCAUCCCAGACUAGCCUUUGGUGCAUUUGUAAACAAAAAAUUAAAUAACCAGGCAAUCCAAAAAUAAAUAGCUAUGUAGCUGUGUAAGCAUACAAAGACCUUGUCAGACUGACUGCAGGUGAAAUAAAAUAUGUUACUGAGCUGCUUUAUUUUUGUUAUUAUUUAGUCAAUUCCUGACAGUCCUUAUAUGUUGGAGCCCCUUGUGGACAGAAUUGCAUCAGAGAGUUCAGCAGAGGUGAAAUUACAGCUUCUCACUGCAUCCAUGAAGCUGUUUUUUAAGAAACCACCAGAGUGCCAAGACAUGUUGGGCCGACUGCUCAAAUACUGUGUAGGUAAGAAUUACAUCUGAAAUCGGCAUGGUGAGCUUCCUAGCUAGGUUUACAGGCAUUGCAAACACCAAACAGCAUUAACAAACAACAUACACAAAAGAAUAAGUGUAGCUAACCAAAGUUACCAGACUGUUUGCAAGAAAACCGUUUAUCGGUGACCAGUCUGCAUAAUCUGUGCAGUAUGCCAGCAUACUGUCAGUAGUUAUUUAGAAAUAAAAUGUUUCAUUUUUCAGAUGAAGAAGUGCAUAUGGAUGUACAUGACAGGGCCCUAUUGUAUUAUAGACUGCUCAAGACUAACCCGAAAGAGGUAACAACACACUCUGCAUGGUUACAUGUUAAAUACUUAUAUUUGCACUUUGCCAUUUCAGUUCCCAAUUGUAAAACAUCCAUCCAGUUAUUGUGUUUUAUAAUUAACCCAGGUGCUGUUAUAAUUAUGUCUUUGCAUUAUGUAUAAACUAUACAGGCUGAGAGAGUUGUCUGUGGUUCAAUUAACAAACCAGCCACUAAUUCCUGGAAUUUAAGUACCAGUGCAUCUAAUUCAAAGGUAUGAUAACAUAAUUUGUUGUUUUGUUCCUCAUUAUGAAAAAGGUUGAAACCCAACAUUUGAUGAUCACAUUUAACAGUUUAUAGUCCCUUAAAUGUUGUCAGGGAUAGAGCAAGUGAAGCUGUAUAUCAGUAGGCAUGAAAAUUGCCACCCACAAUAAAGAGAAAGGAGACAUUGAGGGACUACAGACUAUGCCCUGCAGGGAGCUGACUGAUUUGGGGUUUAAUAUUAUUGUGAAAUCAUCUUUCUAACAAACCAUAUUUCUGCUUUUUCCAAACAAAGUUAGAUAGUUUAUUCAGACAUGCCCUUGCUUCAAAUAAAAUGUUGCACUCUGUACAUUAAGCUGUAAACGAAUGACUCUUGUACGAACAUCUUUUGAUGGCUUUAGUUUCCCACAGCAGUCUUUUUUUAACAUGUAUAUUUUGUUAAAUUUAUUUGUUUGUUUGUAUGUAAUAUAAGCAAGUUUGUCAUUUGUGCUGACAUAAAGUAUGAUUUUGCUGAUGAUCAUUACAAAAUGAAUGUUGUUGUAGGAACAGCUGUUGGAUGAAUUCAACACACUCUCAGUUGUUUAUGGACAGUCAUCAGUUCUUUUUAUUACCCAAUCUGUUCCAUAUAUCAAAGGACAGCCAUACAUAAAAGGUGAUGAGAAAAAAGUUCAUUUGUACAUACAUGAUACUCAUUGGGGGAAGGACGAAAAAGAGAAUUUGGAUUCCUGUCAGUGCCCCAAUGUCACAACAAGUUUUUCCUUUCGCUCUCUUCUCAAUGCAUACAGUGGAAAAACAAUCAUAAAGUUAUUAUUUCCUCCUUUUGUGUCUUCUACUUCUGUAAGUUUACUAAUUAUUUUGUUUUGUGUUCUUAUCCACUUGUUUAGAUGAAGCACCUUCAUAUGACAGGAAAGAAUUAGAAGAACAAAACGAGUCUUUGGAACGUAAUGUUGCUGUUGGCAAUCUGCUGGUAAAUGGCCUUGAGAUGUAUUUCAGACAACUAUUAUUCACUUUAAUUUAACCGAAAGCUACAGUAGAAUUCAUUGCUAUAUAGUAUCCUUAGGUUUUUAAUAUUUUUUGAUAACGGACCAAAUUUAAUGCCCUUAAUGUUUGAAGGGAGAGGAUGUUGAUAAUGGAAAAGAAGAUGAACAUCUUGGAGAGAAAAGUAUACUUGAGUUGACUGAAAAUCCAUCCUUAACUCCUGCAAUGUUUGAACAUCGGUGGAAAUCCAUUCCAGAGAGGUAAUAUUACCUGAUAAAUUUUUCAAUUGUUGAAGUUUAAAACUACAAGAAGGAAAGUAUGGCAACAUCACCAUGUUUUUGAACUUUAUUAAUCUAGUUAAGCAAUCUCCAGUUAUUGCCCUUGUAUCUGACUAUAUAAACAUUUCCUAACAUGACCCUUUUAUUUCUGAAUAUCCACAGUUCUUGUUGGGCAGCUGCCUUGAUGAAGAUUCCUUCCUCUCCUGAUGAAUUUCAGCAACACUUGUUACACAGUAAAAUUUUAUUAAUGGCCAGCAGUCCCCCUGGUCAGCCUAUUCAAAAAUACUUCUUCUAUGCACAAGAGGUACACUAAAUUUGUCUAUGAUACUAAGAUUUUUAUCAUUGUGAAAGGGCAGGGGGAGGUUAGGGAUAAAAUUAAGCUAAAAUUUUCUUGCAUCUUUCAAUUAGGUACAAGGACAAACUGUGGUCCUGGUGGAAGCUAUUGUUGAUGUAACUUCAAAGCUUCUUAGGGUGACCACAAAAGUGGAGGACUCGUCUUUAACGCAACUGUUUGAUCAAUAUCUCAGAACUUCCCUUGAAAAGGAAUGGAUAGAAUCUAAAUGA